AUGGCGCUCAACGCCAGCUCUGACGCUGCCACCUCCCUCGCGGUGGCGCCUACAAGUAACUCCGCGAGUGGGUAUCAGAUAACGCGGCCGCGUUGGUACAACAAGGCGGAGGUGGCCAUCAUCGUCCUGCUCUGCCAGCGCCUAAGGAUGAUCGACUUGAAGGGUGUCGAGCACAUGCUCGAUGCGGCACCAAAGUUCGCGAAGGAGGACCCGAGGGACGUCUGGCAGCGAGCGCUCUAUCUUUCCAAGGCAGCACCAGGAGCCAACUUCCGAACGGUCAUCCAACGACAUCCCAGGACCCUUCUCGUCCCUGUUCACAAGAUGCAGCAUGUCCUCUCGCUGCUCAGCGAGGCUUACCCAGACGCCAACAUGGCCAGAGUUGUGGAGCGCAUCCCUUCCGUCCUCUCCAGGAACACUACAAGGCUGGAAGACAAUAUUGCUGGGCUUAAGAAGUACGCUCCAGAGGUGAAUUCGGCCAUAUUUCAGGCAGCCCCAUCGAUGGUCUACCUCCCCGCUCACACCGUGGAGGAGAAGGUGGCUGCUUUAAGAGCGUGCCUGCCAGGGAUAGACCUCUACAACUUCCUCAAGGGCAUGCCAACCGCUUUGGCCAGAAGCAAACAGACCGUGCCGCGAGGCAUGGACCAACUCCGAGAACGUUUCCCGUCAGCGAGCAACCGAGAGCUAGUGCGGAUCGUGGAGUCGGCUCCAUCGUUGGUGCGCAUGAGCGGUGCCAACGGCUCACUGUCCAUCAAGGUGACAAAGCUGCAGGAGCUCUUCCCUUCCGCCAACGUGACCAAGAUGGUGUCCAGGACACCCGGGAUAAUGUAUCUCGAUGUCGAUCGCACCGUUAGGUCGAAGGCGAUGUGGAUACAGCAGGCCGUUGGGCUGGACCAGGAAGGGCUGGACCGUCUAGUGGAACAGGGUCCGUGGCUGCUCAAGGCUGGGUGGGGGCCGCUGGCGCGGCUAGAGUUCGCGAUUGAAGCCGGGGUCGCAACAGUAGACCGGCCUUCCACUAUUUUUUCCCUAGUGCGGAGGUCUCGGUUAGCUUUCGCCAGGGCCCACCACGAAUCGUACGGGAGCUUCUUGCGUAAAAAACUAGAGGAAGAAGCAAUAGAACUGGGAGGUAGGGAAGGGGGGGGAGGGGGGGGAGAGGGCGGGGACCUGCAUCAUCCGCUGGCGUGGCGGGCGGCAGCUGGCAACGCCGUCGAUGGGGGGCGUAGAGUAUCGCGUCCCGUGUCCCCUAAGAAAGGCUCGGGGCCGAAGGCAGCUUCCGCGACGCUUGGUGGGAAGAGAACAGCUAGAUUAGAAAACGCCGGGGCAACACCGGGGGUUGUCUUGGAAUCGGGAGACGGGAAGGAGGAGGACCAAGACGCCUUGAUGGAGAGAACGGCGUUAGAGGUGGCCGGGCUGGAGGACGCGUUGGGGCGUGGGCGCAAGUCGCGGUUAGGCGGGGUGAAAGACCGGCCGCCAAAUCCUGGGCAGUCUCCUCUCGCCCGCUUGCAAGGCAGCCGGCAUGAGGGCGACGCUCUGCUAGAUCUGGGAAAAGAAAAAAUCGUUGCGUAUGACUCCCCCCCGCAACCUCAACUUGGUGCGUAGAGUGCGCACGCAAGGCGUUAAGGUUUGGUAGAAAGGGAAGAAAGGAGUAGCAGCUACCCUACGCCUCGGUGCCAUUAGAGCAGGCCCGAUGCUAUACUAAUGUGCUAUUUUUUGUGUACCG